CAAAAACAGAACUUCUUACAUUUCCUACCAUAUUUCUUUUUCUUAAAUGGAUUGGACCAGAGGCCAUACCAUAGGCCACGGCUCCUCUGCCGCCGUCUCCAUUGCCAAAUCACGUUGCUCCGAUGAGGUUUUCGCUGUCAAGUCAGUGGAGCUAUCCCAGUCGCAAUUCUUGCAAAAGGAGCAAAAAAUUCUGUCCCAAUUGAGCUCCCCUUAUGUAGUUAGCUACAAGGGGUACGAUGUUACAAAAGAGAACGACAAACUCAUUUUUAACCUUAUGAUGGAGUACAUGUCAGGCGGCACAUUCUCUGAUGAAAUUCGGAAACAAGGUGGUCGGAUCAAUGAGCCAUUGAUCGGGUAUUAUGCCAAGCAAAUUGUACAAGGACUAGACUACCUACAUUCAAGAGGCAUAGCACACUGUGACAUUAAGGGGCAGAACAUUUUGUUAGGUAAAACCGGUGCCAAAAUUGCUGACUUUGGUUGUGCCAGAUGCGUUGAUCCAGCAAAGAGGGACGGUGGCGCCAUGGCUGCUUCAGCAGAGCCAGUUGGUGGAACGCCACUGUUCAUGGCACCGGAGGUGGCACGUGGGGAAGAACAGGGGUGUCCUGCUGAUAUUUGGGCAUUGGGAUGUACUAUUAUUGAAAUGGCCACUGGUAGAUCACCAUGGACUAAUGUGACGAACACAGCUUCAUUACUCUACAGAAUUGCAUUUUCUGGGGAAUAUCCAGAAAUUCCAAAAUCCCUGUCUGUACAAGCAACGGAUUUCUUAAGCAAAUGCUUGAGAAGAGAUGCAAGAGAAAGAUGGACAGCUAAACAACUCCUGAAUCAUCCAUUUCUUGAAGAAUCCAAUUCGAAUUCUACGACAAAUCAACAUUGCGUGACAAGUUCCCCAACAAGCAUUCUUGAUCAAGACAUAUGGAAUUCAGUAGAAGAAUCAGACACCAUUGAUCCUACAAUACAAACAGAAAGCUCAAUGGAUUCUCCUCUUCAAAGGAUAAGUAAAUUGGGCCAGAAUUCAGGAAAACCAAACUGGUGUUGGACUGAUGAGAUUUGGACCACAGUUAGAAAAACCAGUGAGCAAAAUGAAGGAAAUGACGACAAGAUAGUCUAUGGUAUAGUGACAUCUUUUUCUGAAAUGCAACUUGAAAGCUGUUUAGUUGCUGUGGACUUGGAAAUAAAUUACUUGAAUGAUAACUUUUGCUGUAAUGAUUUUCCGAGGCAUUUGACUUAUUCAGCAAAUAAAAUUCAGUGUUUAUAAA